UCGCGUGCUGGUUAGUACGAGCUGGGCACUUGGCGUUGGCUACGGAGGGAGAGGGCGGCUAUGGAAGAUCGGAACGGCUUGCGCGGCUAUCGGCCGCGGUAUAUGAAGUACUCCUGGAUGUGGGAGCGAGAAGAUGAGAAGGGUACUGUGGUGGAGACUAUACUGACUUAUGGUAAUCCUGACGGGGAGGUGAGGCUAAAAAUUAACGUGUGCGGUGGUAAAGAACAGGAAAUGAGGAGGAAUGAAAAGGUGCAGGCCACGGUUACUGAGGCCCGUAACAGGGCCGAACGAAGGUGCAGGCGGGAUGGAGUAACUGCGAGCAUGCAGGUAACGGUCACUUACCACGAAGAUGACUCAUCAACCGGGACCAUGACAAGGGAGGAGCAGCACAAUGACCGGGACUCAGAGGGUGAGUCCGAGAUGAGCGACAGAGAGGCUGAUGUCCAGUCUUGGCAUGGACUGGACCAGAUCCGUCGGAACCACCCAUUGGCAGGCCCAGUGGAGCGCGGGCCCGAGCUGUACGUAGAGACUUGUAAGGUUAGUCAAAGGGACAAACCACAUACUCAGGCUCCUCUUGGGCUACUAAAGCCCCUUUCGAUUUCGGAACGGCCUGGUGAGAGUCUGUCCAUGGACUUCAUGGAUACUCUGGUCACCAGCAAGAGUGGGAUGCGACACAUCUUCGUCAUCGUGGAUAAAUUUAGUAAGUAUGAUCUGUUAGUAGCAAUGCCGGAAACAGCAAGGACGGAGUAUGUGAUCAGGAUGUUCAAAGAGAACUGGGUCAGGGACUUCGGUUUACCGAAGUCUAUUAUCAGUGACAGGGAUGUCCGGUUUACCAGCGAGUUGUGGAAGGCCGCUGCUGCAGAGCAGGGAACCCAGUUGCAGAUGACUCCUGGGAAUCACCCAGAGGCCAACGGUCAGGCCGAGCAACUGAACCGCGUUGUAGAACACCUGUUGAGGCAUUACAUCAAGCCCAACUAGGUGGACUGGGAUGAGAAGCUUGCUCUCAUCACCAGCUUGUACAACAACGCUGUACACAGCGCCACCGGGGUGAGCCCAAACAGCUUACUGCU